AUGUACAACUUCAAGCUUCUCGCAUUUGCUGCCCUCCUUUGUACCAGCGAGGUUUUGGCUGGCAAACUCCAAAUUUCGACUUGGAACACAAAAGGUGGUCUGAAAGGGGAGGGCGGUUUGGAAAAGCUGGCCGCUGGCAACAUUCCCAACGAAUACGACCACCUGGUGCUCCAACACAUCCAUGCUUGGUCGGGCGGCACGCACACGGCUAGCCAGGGCGGUAGAUCUGGAAACGUUUACGUCGUCUCGACUAAACACGGGGACCAUUAUACAAGCUACGAAGAUAGCAAGACCAAGGCCACUGAGGCGAACAGAGCGCUGAAGACUAAGAUCCACAAAGAGGUCAAAAAGGCCGAGGAAGAGGCGGCCCGCCACCACCACGGCCACGGGGGCGGCGGCAGCCCCCACGGAAGCCAUGGUAGCCAUGGAGGCCACGGAGGCCACGGAGGUCACGGCCACCACCGUCGUCGUGGCGGCGUCGAUGAGGACGUCGAUGAGGACGUCGAGGACCUCCUGGAAGAGGAAGAGGCCACUGAGUAA